AUGUCCUGCUCCAGCCUGUGUGCCCCUUCCUGUGGGGUGGUCGCCCCAUGCCCGCUGGCUGACACCGCCAACGAGCCCUGUGUGCGUCAGUGCCAGAGCUCCUCGGUGGUGAUCCAGCCCCCAGCCACGGUGGUCACCUUCCCCGGACCCAUCCUCAGCUCCUUCCCGCAGCACAGCGUUGUGGGCUCAGUGGGAGUCCCUGCCAUUGCUGGGGGCUCUGGUGGCAGUUAUGGAGGCCAUGGAGGAUUUGGUGGCUAUGGAGGCUUUGGGGGUUAUGGGGGCUAUGGAGGCCUUGGUGGCUAUGGAGGCUUUGGGGGCUGUGGAUAUGGAGGCUGGGGCCGAGGCCUCAGGUCCUUCGGUGGUUGGUGUGGGAGUUGCUGAGCCCCACCCGGGUCCAGCCACAGAUGACAGAGAGCUCCAGGAAAG